GCACUGGCAUUCAAAGAGCCCCCAGGCAAAGUACUCUCAGAUGCACAGGUUUACCUGAUGUCAAUAGGUAUCAACGGUCUGGGGGUGCACACCUGAAUUUUCCUGUUGGGUAUAAUGUUACCGUUACGGACGACAGCACUUGGCUGUCAACGAGUUCCCCGAAGCGUCUCACGAAGUCUCUCAACGUUGUCUCACCAAAAACUGGCUACUUGGCAAGAAAGUCUGAAGAAGAAGGCUAUAAAUGAAACGGAUGAGAUAACUUCAGGCCACAGUCAUCUUGUCGCUUUGACGCUUGACCCGAGUACACCUCGAGACCCGUUCGCAACAUUCCCUGCUGGACAUCCUCUUCCUUCAGGCUAUCACUUUGCUUUGUUUCCUCCACGGAUACCCGAAUCGGACCUUGCGCCAGAUGGCUAUGACACCGAAUUUUCCCCUCCUGAACCCUACAUACAGCGAAUGUGGGCCGGCGGUAGUUUCGAGUUUGUGCCCGACAAUCCUCUUCGAGUUGGUCAAACAGUCAAACAGACCACAAGGUUGGAUGACGUGCAGAUCAAGCAAGGGCCCAGAGGCGAAGCUGUUCUUGUCUGGUUGGAGAAGGUAGUCGAAAAUGAGCACGGCAGGAGCCUGAGAGAACGCCGUUGUUUGGCGUAUAUGGGCAAAGAACGGAACCCUACAGUAGGAGGUCGUGUAGUACCCAUUAAGACUGUAGCUGAGUUUGCACGUACGAUUACUCCCACCAUAGUUACACUGUUCCGUUAUUCGGCAGUAACAUUCAACAGCCAUCGCAUACACUAUGACAAUCAUUAUGCUAAGGAUCAAGAGGGUUAUCCUGAUUGCCUUACGCACGGCCCGUUGACAGCAACCCUUCUGUUGGAUCUUCUGGAGCGGCAUUUAGCCAAUUCCGGUGCUAAGAUCAAGUCGUUUUCAUAUCGCACACUGAGCCCUCUUAUUGUAAAUGACCCUGUUACGUUCUGUGGCAAGAAGACAGCUGCAAACCAGUUUGAGCUAUGGGCCAAGAAUAAACAAGGAGGGAUUGCAGUGAAGGGAAGUGCUGAAGUAUCAUAAUGCAAUCAGCUACCGCCAUGCAACAAAACGCCCUUGCAUUGCAAGUACAUAUGUUAAGCAUCUCCUUCAUUAGAGAAUGAAAAUCAAAGUAGUCAAUUUGCACUGGUAGAUCAGAUAUUCGAGGCAUGUCACGGAAACGAGUCUUGCACAAAUAAAGGUGAACUAGACACAUAUAUGGCUAUGAAGAGAGUAUGAACUAGGCACAUGUCCCAAUGCUAUAGUUGUAUAAGCGAGGUGCUUUAAAGCCCAUCCUCGGUCCAGUUCUCAGUCACUUGGGGGUAUACGCUCUUCAACUUUUCAUAGAAAGAGGGGAAUCCCCU